GCCGAAAUGGCCAAACGUUGAAGGUGCCAAAACGGAGCAGCACAAAACAGCGGGAAGCAAAGCCUGUACUAGAAAAAGGAAACCCACCGCAUGCAACAAGAGCAACGCUUUGUUAAAGCAGCUCUCCUGCUUUCUCCUAUCUUUAGGGACAAAAGCUCUAUAUUGUUUGGGGUUUCUGCAUCAUCUGUGAUUGUGAAGAAAUGGGACGUACCAAGGAAAUUGCUCGCAGAUCAACCGUUGAUGGUGCUCCCCUUAAGCGGCACCAUAGUACUGCUCCUCCGCGUGGUAGGAAAGCAGUAAAGAGGCCUCUGCUGGAUAAUCCAAGCACCAGCUCUGAGAUUUCCCAAGAUGAAGAAGCAACUGCUCUGGUUCUGCCCAACCUUGGCAAAUUCUCUAACACAGACCUCACAGCUGGGCUUUCCCUACUUUAUGCUUCUAUUGGGUCCUGCUCGACUGCUCUGGUGGACCGGUAUGAUGCCACUGUCAGAGAAGUUUUAUCGAAAGAGUACAAUCAAGCUUUGGAGGAGCGAGAUUCGGCCUUGAACAAGCUGGACAAUAUGGGAGCAGAGCUGAUGGAGGUUCAAAACAGCUUGUCCAAGGCCCAGGCUGAGUUCGAGUCAGGCAAGAAGGCUUGGGACGCUGAGAAGAAGGCAUUGACUAAGAUACUUGAUAAGGAGUUCAAUAUCUUUGGAACAGAGCUCAACAAGGUCCUUGAAAACUUCUCCAAUAGCCGAGCUGAGCUGGAGCAGACUUCCAAGGAACAGGACAUCUUGGAAUUAGGGAAGAAGGUUUUGGAGGCCGAGAGGAUGGAAAUGGCGGAGAAGAUGGAAAUGGUGGAGAAGAUAGAAAUGGCGAACAAGGAAAAGGAAAAUGCCUAUUGCAAAGGGUACCUGGAUGGAUGGUUCAAGAAGCCUCAUGCAUAUGUCCUCGCAUGGCAUGAGGCCAAAUUGGCCGAUGAGGUUACUGAUCAUUGUGUCUUGCAAAUGAUGAGAAAAUUGCCAAAAUCACUAGUGUAGAGGCUACAUGUCAUACUCCUAUAUAUCGAAGAGUUGGUCAGCGCUAUCUUAUUAGCAUUUUAGUGUCAA